GGACGGCGGCUUCGGAAAGGGAGCCCGGGGAGGAACGGCGGCUUUGGAAAAGGAGCGCCGGGAACCCGGGGAGGAACGGCGGGGCCGGGGAGGAACGGCGGCUUCGGAAAGGCAGUGCCCGGUGCCCGGGGAGGAACGGCGGCUUUGGAAAGGGAACCCGGGGAGGAACGGCGGCUUUGGAAAGGGAGCCCGGGGAGGAACGGCGGCUUUGGAAAGGCAGUGCCCGGUGCCCGGGGAGGAACGGCGGCUUUGGAAAGGGAACCCGGGGAGGAACGGCGGCUUUGGAGAGGGAACCCGGGGAGGAACGGCGGCUUUGGAGAGGCAGCGCCGGGACCCGCGGGGAUCGUGUGGGACAGCAGCGACUCUGUGGAAAAGCUCGCUGACUUCAGGCUGUGAAAAAUUGCCGAUUUCCGGCAGCUUCCCGAGCAAGCGGCUGAGGGGAGAGCGGCGGGACUGGGACAGCCUUAAAGGAAAACCGGCGGGUGGCUGAGGAGUCGUGGGUUUGUAAAGAAAAGCAGCCCAAGUUUCGAAAAGAGCGGGUUUUCAAGGAAAAAUACAGUUCUGAACCGCGUCGGUGAAGAGGCGAGUGCCGGUGCUGCGAGGAUAGCGUUAUCCCGGCGGGUUGAUGGCCGCGCGGCGCUGGAGGGGUCUCCCCUUUGGGAAUCUCUCCGAUUGUCCCAACGGCUCCCGCUGGAUCAUGGAUGUGUUCAACGAGUGUGCCCAGGACGGCCGGGAUGUCGCCAGCAUCGUCCUGGGGCUGGGCUCCAUCGCCUGCUUCAUCGCUGCUGCCUUCCCGCAGUUUUACCAGGCGUGCAGAACGGGCAUCAUGGACCAGGCUCUCUCCAUCUAUUUCCUGCUGGGAUGGCUGGGCGGAGACCUCCUCAACCUCAUCGGUUCCUUCCUGGCUGAUCAGCUGCCCCUGCAGGUGUACACGGCCAUUUACUACGUGCUGGCAGACCUGGGGAUGCUGUCCCUCUACUGCUACUACCGUGUGAAGAACAGGGGCAGAGCGUGCCCUGCUCCCAUCAACGCAGCCUUUGUGUUCCUCUCCGUGGGGUCCCUGCCCUGCCUCUCCCUCCUGGGCAGUGCCAGCACCGAGGCCCCAGGGCCUUUCCGAGGGAGGUCUCUGCUGUCAGCUCCUGGGGAUGAGCUUGGACCAAAGCCUUUCUCCAGGACUGAAAUCAUUGGAUUUACCAUCGGCUCCAUCUCCUCCGUGCUCUACCUGUGCUCCCGAGUGCCCCAGAUCUGCACCAACUACAAGAGGAAAUCCACCAGCGGGGUCUCCUACUCUCUCUUUGCCCUGGUGAUGCUGGGGAAUUCCCUGUACGGCCUCAGUGUCCUCCUGAAGAACCCGGAGCCAGGCCAGGGCCAAGGUGACUACAUCCUGCACCACCUGCCCUGGCUCGUGGGCAGCCUGGGUGUCCUGGCCUUGGACGUGGUUGUAUCCUUUCCCCUGGGAUGGGAUCCCAGCCUGCCAGCAGGGCCUUGCAGCGGGGUGGGGACAUGCUGCUCCCUGGGGCAUCUGUGGCCUGGUUUGCAUUGAGCUCCUUGUCCCACUCCCACCUCUCCUGGCACAAACUCGGGGUGCUGACACCCCGUGCGUCCCCGAGAUCCCCCUGUGAGUGCAGAGCCUUGACCUCGCCCCAGAUCUCCUGCCAGUUCCUGGCCUAUCGGAAAGGACGGGCUGGGACCCUCGAGGAGAGGGAUGCACUCCUGGGGGAGCCAGAGGAGAGCCCAGAGAGCUGACAGAGGGACCUGCCCUGCAGGGAGAGGAGGAGGAGGAUGGUGCACAUGAGGAAGGUGGCCUUAGGGCUGGGAAGAGCAGCCCCUCCAUCCUGGUGGCUCCUGGCAGAAGAGGCCCCGAGCCCGUGGGUGACACGUUGUGCUGCCGAGGCGGUGGCAGAGGAUGCUGCUGGGACACCUGGUGCCUCUUGGAUACCAAUGAUGCUUUCAGGAUAAAAGGGAAUUUUUGGAUACCUCAGUUGCUCUUCGCUGCUCCAGCUGAGCCUGGUCACUGCUGCCUCUGCCAAGGGGGAUCUGGAACUGCCUUGGUGCUGAAAAAUGUGGGGAGAGCGUGAGUGGGAUGGCUGAUCUGCCACAGGCACGAGCACCCCUGUGACCUCACAGCUCCCCUUCAGCUCCUUCUGGAAGGCACACAGGGCUGGAUCCAAUGGGAAAGGAGCAGCAGAACCAAAGUGUUCAGUCCACACCUGUUUUAAUCAGCAUGGCUCACCCAUCUAUAAAACAUGUCUUUCCCCACCUGCCUCCCUUGGUUUCAUUUUGCUGCUCUACUUGGCAGCUCCUGCCUCUUUCCUAAUGAGUCUCACAGUCCCAUUUCUCUGACUUCUCAUUUUUUGCCUCACCCAUGUUUUAAUUGCUUGGAUUCCUUGGGGAAGUUGCUCCAUUGCUGUUCCCCAGCAGAAGAGCUGCUUCUCUGCCUGCUCUGGUUUUCAUUUCCUCCCCUCUCUCCUUGAUGAUUUUCUCAGCCUGAUGAGUUUGUCCCCAGCACCGGUGAGUUUAUCUCCCUCUCGGGCCCUGAACGCAGCACAGGGCAGGACAGGAGCAGGCUGGUCUGGGAAAAGCUGUGUCCCAGCAGGAGAGGGGAGGUGUAGCCAGGCUCCCUCCCGUGGGCUGAGCCCUUCCUGCUGGGGACGAGCAGAUCAGUCUCCCUGGGAAAAUGAGGAAAACAACCAAAGCUUGGAGACCCUUCAGGAAAAACUAUCCCAGCUUGGCCUUGUGAAAACCACCUUUCCUUUUCCUGCAGUUGCUGUCAGCUCUUCCUUUUGCUUCCCUUUCCCCUCUCCAGCUCCCUGAUACCCAGCAGCGUGUCCCUUCUGGCUUUAGCUCCAGUAGCAUCGAUUUAUGAUUCCUCAGCCAGUCCAUGGCAUUUGUCCUUCCCAAGGAAGUCACUCAGCUUUGUCCUCACAUUGGUUCCACAGCUCAGCCUGGAUCUCACAUUACCUGGAUUCCAGCAGUUCAGUGCCCACCAAACUGCAGCAGCAGGUUCAUUUUGGAAACAAGCUGGGCCAGUACUUGGAACUGACCCGGCUGUCUUCAGAAAGGAAGUGUAUUUUCACUCUCUCUGAGCCCCUUGAACCAAGUGAGUGGGUUUUUACAGGAUUAAUUCACAAUUCUGCCCCUCCAGAUUCACAGGCAGAGGGGCUGCUCACCUCCUCCUGAAGCCAGCAGCAUUUCCUUUCCUGUCUCUCCUUGGGAAUUGUAGAACAAUUCACAUCCUGUUGUAAUCCAACCAUGAGCAAAUCCCUCAUCUCUGCCACUCGUAACACUAAAUAAUUGUCACAUACUGGUUUUUCCUAAACCUGGACAGAGAAAACCUCUACCAUAAGGAGGAAAGAGUGUGUAUAUAUGUAUAUUUAAUAUAUAUAUCUCACAGUCUGUCCCCACAGGUGCACCUGAAGCAUGCUUUAGGUACAAAGCUGAUUUACUCUGACUUUACUUGGGCUGGGCAGGAUGGAGCAAGGCGAGCAGCUGCACACAGAGCUUCCACACCCACAGCCACCUCAUGGAUUAAUAACCUCAUGGUGGCUGCAAAUUCCUGAGGCUCUCCCCGAGGUUCCCAUCUCCCCAAGUCACUGCAGCCCCGUUGCUGUGUUCAGGAUUUUGCAGAGGCACAAGUCAGAGCAGAAAAGGCAGAGCAGGACCAACCCCCCUGGAGGGACAGAGGAACCAAACCUCACCAGGAGUCUUCCCCCUGCCAGGCUCCAGAGCUCACACAGACAUCUCCAGCUUCAGGAGAGGUUUGUGCUGGGACAGAACCGAGAGGCAGCAGCCAAAUCCCAGCCUGUGUCCCACAGGAGCUCCCGGGCUGCUUUCAGCACACCCAGCAGGGCUGGGCAGACCCUUCUCCCCUGAAUGCACCACACAAACAUUUGCUGGGUGCCCGGAGCAUCAAUCCCAGCACCUGGGAAGGGCAGCAGUGAGUAACACAGGGCCAAAGAGCAGUGGGACACCACACCCCCUUCCAGACAAACACUUCUGGAUGUGGGAAAAACACAAACCCCAAGAAACCCUGCCAGGAAGGAAAGAGAAACAAGGAGGACACGAUCACACAAACAUCUUCCUGGGAUUUUUUUUGUUUGUUUUUAUUGUUUUAGUAUUUUUUUUUAAUUUUCUUUUUUUUCCAUUUUUUAGUAUGGAGGCUCAAGUAUCAGAUGUAGAUUCAAUUUAAGCUUUACAAAAAAAACAAAAAAUCAAAACAAAAACCCCUUUUGCAUUCCAUAAAAAUUGACAGAAAAGCGCCUUGGAACCAGGCUAUAGAAGAGCAGAACUUUCAGCAGGUCUUGAAAUCACCAUCUCCUGCACAUCUGGGUUACUCAGUAUUGUACAAGCCCAAGGAACACCCUCUCUUCCCUCCCUCCCUCCAGCCAGCCCCUGUGCCCAGCCCCCAAACAUACGUGGAAUAAUUAUUUUUCUUUUUUUUUUUUUUUUUUGUUUUUCCAGUUCUUCCUCUUUCACACACCACAGUAUUUAAUAAAUUUUUGUUUUACAUUUUUUACACCAAUGUAACAAAAGGCAGGAGGGGUGAGGGAGGAAAAGACAAACAAUGAUCUGUGGUGAUGUAUAUAAAUGGGGGAGGGUGGGGAAAGGGGGGGAGAAAAAAAAAUAAUACAUGGACUUCUACAGAAACAUAGCCUAAGGUCUGGAGAGUAAAAUGUGGUGCAAAGUAGGCCUCAGAGACUGAAAAAGUUUGUACAGCUUUAUUCAUGGGGAGAGGAUGGCGUUGCAUGGAGAGUA